GUUUUCAGUCUCAAUCGAAAGAGUCCAGAUCUCACAGCCGGACCCACAGAUGGCUUCUGGAGCUUUGAUUCAUGUGCCACAUUACUUGGGCAAUCUGCAGUUCAGAGUCUGGAAGAAGAUGCAGGACAUCAUCCAAAACACUCCUGUGAUUCUGGAUCUAAACACUGCGAAUCCACAUCUCGUCCUGUCUGAUGAUCUGACCAGUGUGAGAUGGAGAGAGAACAAACAUCCGCUUCCUGAUAAUCCAGAGAGAUUUGACGAUUAUUACUGUGUUCUGGGUUCAGAGGGUUUUAACUCAGGAACACACUGCUGGGAUGUGGAGGUUAAAAAGAAUUUAGCUUGGAGAUUUGGAGUAACUACAGUAUCAAACCAAAGGAAGGGAUGGGAUUUCUUUAACACUAAUGUCUGGAGUGUGCAGUAUGGACUGACUAAACCAUUUUGUUUUACAGUUAAACAGAAGCUUCAGUGUGUGAGAGUUGAUCUGGACUAUGACAGAGGAACGGUGUCAUUCUCUGAUCCUGUAACUAACACACAUCUACACACAUUCACAACCACUUUCACUGACACACUCUUUCCAUUCUUCUAUAGUCGUUACCCUCUGAGAAUCUUACCGUCCAAUAGUCAGUAAACAUUACAUCCAGGUCUGGAUCUGUUUUUACCUGUGUAAGAGUGCUGUUGAUCUGAAUAUCAGUAAGACUGUGAUUGGGCCGCAGCUGAUCACGUGACUGAUAUCCGGCACUACAGCAACACUCACACUCUUAUAUUGAUUUUAUACAACAGUUCAAUGAUUAAUGAAACUUAAUGAUUUCAGACAAAAUAUGGCCAAAUAUUUAGUUUAUUUUUGUCCCAACUGAAAUUAAAGCAGGAAGGAGCAUUGAAAAUGAAGUGAACACAUAGACAGCUCUUAUAUCUCAGGUACUAAUAGUUGCCAUUUAUAGAUUUAAUUGGUCAAAAAAAAAAAAAAAAAAAGAGCACUUUGACAAUUUAGUAUCAAUAGGACUAAAUCUGAAGUAUAAAUGAUGUAGCCUACUUGCCUAUAUCCUUAAAUGAAGGGAUGUAAUAAUAGCAAUAAAUGCCAUACAGGUUAUGAUGAAUAAUGAACAUGUUUAUAUGUGCUUCUAAUUCAUAGAACAUUUAAGUAAUAGCUUGACGAAUUACAAUAAUUAAGUUAAAUAAUAACACCAGCCUUCUGUUUCAAUUAUGAGAGCUUCAUUUUACCUCAUGGGUCUAACUAGGGAUGUACCUGAAGCCUAAUUCCGAAUUCGGAAAGGCACUGAAAAGGAAUAUGAAGCCCUUAAAGGGACAUGGUUAGGCUUGCUGCAGAUCCUGCUGCAGAUCCUGAGCGUCACUGACAAAUAUUGUACCUUUUUAAAUGUGUGGACAGUCCGCUACUCCCUAUACACAAAUAGAUUGUGAAUUUGAAAGCAAAAGUAAAAAGCGAGUGUGCAUUCAAUACCCCGCAUAAGAGUCACUUUUUUUGAAAUUGAGAUUUAUAAGCAUGGACAAAGCAUGGACAAAGCUGAACAAAUAAGCUUUCCAUUGAUGUAUGGUUUGUUUGGAUAGGACAAUAUUUGUUCGAGAUACAAAUAUUUGAAAAUCUGGAAUCUGAGAGUGCAAAAAAAUUAGAAUAUUGAGAAAAUUAAAGUUGUCCAAAUGAAGUCCUUAGCAACACAUAUCCACUCACAAAAAUAUUUUUAUAUAUAUAUUUACCACAGGAAAUUUACAAAAUAUCUUCAUUGAACAUGAUCUUUACAUAAUAUCCUAAUGAUUUUUGGCAGUAAAAGAAAAAUCGAUAAUUUUGACCCAUAUUGGCUAUUGCUACAAAAUACCCAUGCGACUUGUGGUCCAGGAUCACAAAUAAAUGUAAAAAAGCACUGAAAUAUAUGUUUUCCUCCCAUCUCAUAUUUUUUCCAACACCAUUUCCUUUUAGGGGCUCCAUAGAAUGUGUCAUUUCCUUUCCGAAUAAGGUAUUCAGCUUUGGGCAGGUCUAGAUCUAAGUCUACCUUUAACUUUUCAUUUCAAAAUAAAUAUAUUUUAUAUAUAUAUAUAUAUAUAUAUAUAUAUAUAUUGUUACUCUAUUAAUCUAACACUCUGUCCUUUUGUUGGAAACAGCACUGUCGUGUGUAGAACAUAGACUGUAAAAAAAAGAUGGACCACGUGUUUCCACUUCCUUCCACUGUAGAAAAAUGAAGCCAAAUAUCCUUGUUUCAAUCAUUGCUGAUUAGGUCAUUUGGAGCCCUAGUCUGCACAGUAGUGAUAAUGAGGUGGAUUAUAUGGGGAGGGAGGAGUUUAUGGCCUAUACUGCAGCCAGCCACCAGGAGGCGAUCAAAAUGCUUUGGCUUCACUUUUCAGGACAUGUGCGGUACACUUGUUGUAGUAUGUCAGAAAUAGAACGAGGUCUGUUUAAGGCCCACCGGCUCCCACCAAGGACCUUUUUUUUUUUCCAGUUGAUAAACGAUAAAACAUUGAGAGCCAAUCAGAAUCCACACGACUAUGGACAUGAGCAUUUACAUCGGCAGAUGAUAAAACUGCAGAGCGUGCUUAUAAUAAACAAAGUUAUAGUUAACUUGUGUGGACGCUAAUAUAAUUAUCGUUCUUGGUGUGAUGUGCCUUUACUGUCUGUGACUCAGCACUUGUAGACAGCAUCAUUUAUUAUCUAUUUGCAUUUAAGCAAUGCUCAUGUCUGGUGUAGACAGGGUCUAAAUGUGUUACUGUGUGUGUGUGUGUGUGUGUGUGUAUAUAUAUAUAUAUAUAUUAAUUGUAUUACAUAUUAUGCCUUAGACCUUUUCUGCGUUUGUGUUAUUUUGUUGUAUUUUAUUGUCAUGUGUAUCAAAAGCAAGUGGGUUAAGCGUUUUCACACAGAACUAAAGCACCAGAACAGUUUUUUUUUUUUUUUUUUAUCCAUCACUUCAUCUCAUGUUGAUCAACUGAUCUUUUAUGAUGAGUAUUUCAGAAGUGUAAAUCAUUCUGUUUUAAUAUUGCAUAGAACUUUCUUUACUGUUUUUGACUGGACCCAAUAAAGACGUUAAAAUUACAAAAGGCCAGAUUGGAUUUUAGAAAUUAAUUAAAAAUCUGUGAGAGAAUUUUCUGUUCAGAUAUUCAGUCUUUAUUACCAGGUUGGAAUUAAAACUUUCAUGUCUAAUCAUAACAUGAAUUAGCUCUUUAAUAUUUGAAGGACAAUUGAAUGUUGUUCUAUAAAUGUUUCCUCCUAACAUUAUGAGGACCUGUAAAAAACUUUCUACAAACAAUGUAUAAAUCGUUUUUUUGUGUUAUUCUUUUGAGAUUAUUAUUGAAGAAUAGAUGUUGAACAAACUCUCUAUUAAUGUUACUGGAAGAACGUUUGUUCAUAAUUUUGAGAGAACCUUGCCAGAACGAACGUUCCCUGUUAGUUGGGGAAGCACCUAACCUUUUUUUCUAUAGUUGCAACACUAUAUGCUGUCUCUUUGUGUUGCUUUGAGUGUAAUUGGUACAUCUGAACGUCAUUCAGGAAUCUGGCCAAUGACAACUGUACGCACCUUCUACCGAUCAAGUUUGAAAUAUUUGGAGUGUGUGUCACUGCUCAGUUUAUAAUCUGCAGUACUGCUUCAUUCAGUGCGCUAGUAAUGGCUUUUAAAUGGAUUUUUACAUGGGUUAUUUUAUAUCUGACUGACAAAUUAUUAUUUUGAGCGAAUUUGGGUUGUGGGAUGUCGAUUGAGAAUGAAAAAAAUGCAAAUAUGAACACAGACAUUUACCAAUGGCUAACAGACAAAUUGCAAAUGGCAGAAGGUGCAGAAGCCGCCAAAGCAGCAUCUGCAAAUGCAGCAGCAGGAGAAGGCAUGGAAAGUCAACAAUCACCACUGCUAGCAAAAGCAUGGAAACAAUCACCAUUAACAUUAACAGUAAUAAUGGCACUGACAGUUGCAGCAGCUGAAAUGAUAAUAGAUAUGGCAGGACCAGCAGUUUUUAACAGAGUUGUAGGACCAGUAGCAGGGGCAGCAACAGAAGCAGGACUAUGCAUUUUAAGAUCACUAAGGGAAGCAGGGGUGAGAGAAGAAGCAUCAAUAGUGGGAGCAGCAGCAGUUGCUGGAGGCAUAGCAGGAACAGUAGCAGCAGAUAUAUUGCAAGUAUUAUCAGGAGCACAAUCACAAAGAGGAUCAGCAGUAAUUGGAACAAUGGCAGGAGCGGCAAUAAUAGCAGUAUCAGGACUACAUAUGCAACUGCUAAUAGAUACAGUAAAGGGGGUAAUAGCUCUAGUAGAAAGAGAAAUAUCAACAAUACAAUGGGGUACAAAAGUAAGAAAACUAGCUUCGCUCACAGCAACAGUAAUAGCAGCUGUGUUGAAAAUGUCACAGUCAGCAGCAUUAGCUAUAGCAGCAGGAGCGGCAGCAGCAUCAGAUGUAGUGGCAGGAGCAGAAGCAUCAGGUGUAGGAGCAGAAGGAUCAACAGCAUCAGGUGUAGUUGUAGAAGUGACAGCAUCAGGAGCAGCAGCAGCAGGAACAGUGGAAAGACUUGUGGCACUAUCAGAAAUUAAUGGAGCACAACAGGAAGGACAAUCAGAGACACAAGCACCAGUGAUGCAAUCCGUUACGGCAGCUUCGCCUGGACAUUACCGCUUUACGUGGCUUAAUCCUACUAACAACAACCAGGGAGAAACUAUUUUCUUGCACAUUUUCUUGUCAUCAUCAAGAACAUGUGCAGCAGGAAAAGUGGAAGGACUUGUGGAAGGAUCAGGAAUUAAUGGAUCACAACAGGAAGGACAAUCAGAGACACAAACACCAGUGACGAUUCACCUGAAAACACAGAUGAGUGUGUAACAGGAAACAGCCUCCAUGAGGAGUUGACUGAUGGUUUUGAUUCAAAUGAUUCCAUAAAGAGCGAUUUCUAUCUUCCGGUUUGAAAACCAAAGUCGGAGCAACAUCACAAAAUCUGACGUCAUCGUGUACUACCGGCAAGAUCCGGAGUGCUGGUUGGCUCCAGUAUGGGCUGGUCGAACAUGCUGACGUCAACACUUUCUGUAUUUAUUCAUGAGAAAAAGCACAUUCAAUCCAAUCACAGCGCUGUAGUAUGCAUAAGAUUAUAAUUGCCGUAUUAUGCAUGAGGAAGUAUCACUUCUCUAGCCUCGGUCUCUGUUGUCAUUCAGAGACGUAUCGUUGGUGUUCGUUUCCU